ACGACAAAGAUGGCGAGCAGUGGUAUUCAAACACCGCUAACGCAGGAAUACCCUGCUAUUGCUACUAUGAGCAGGCAAGAGAUAGAGUCGCUGCUGGCAGGUUAUAACCCGAAUCGAAGUGAUCCGCCUUGGUAUCUACAACAAGCAACUCCAACGAUGCCAGCCGAAGAAACAGGUUUCGAAGCAUUCAUCGAAUCACAACCACAAAUACAGCAGCUUCGUCAAGAAUCGCAAAGACUGCUAAAGCAAAACGAAGAAAAGGCAUCAAGAAACAUGACUAUGCAACCCGGUUUAGAAGCUUUACGAAAUGAAACACAACAGUUAUACGAUCGUGCAAGGAAAUAUGAACAAGAAUGGCCUUUGUUGGAUAAUCAAAUGAAAGAAGCAUAUAAACGUUUUUCACCUUCAACGCUUUUGUUCACUUUGACACAAUCUGCUGGCAAAUUACACGAUCAGAGCGAAAGUUUGGCAAGUGCAUUUGCAGAAGGUUUACCGUUGGAAAGCGGAGCAGCAACUCCUACUGGAAGAGAUGCAGAUGGUGAUGCCACAUUCGUACGCAGAUAUAGAGCCUUGCGGACGACAUACCAUAGACGCAAUCUGAUGGCAGACCGAUGGGCCCGUGGUACCAUAACAUGGCGAGAUGAUUGACGAAGAAAGCAGCACGGGCAAACACUGUAUUUAUACCCAGCAAAUACAAAUUGAUCGUAAAUUCCUUAAAAUUUGCAAGGAUGUAAUAUACAAUUGAAAAAAUGAUAAGAAUAUGUUGUACAAUGAAUAAGAUCUACUUCU